AUGCACCUGGGGAGCAUAGUGAUCAAGGCCUGCCUGGAGAAAGUUGGUUUGGACCCAGGGGCUGGGCAUGUGGACGAGGUCAUCAUGGGCCAAGUCCUGACGGGAGGCAAAGGUCAAAACCCGGCUCGUCAGGCUGCUGUCAACGCCGGUCUUCCCCACAGCGUCCCUGCCACCACCGUCAACGCUGUCUGCGGCUCUGGACUCAAGUACGACCGAUAUGCUUCGCCUUGUAUAGAUUCCGCUGCACUGCCAUCUUCAGGCCGCUCUGAGAAAAAGUUGGAGCCAUGCCAUGGUCAGAAAUUAUUGGGACAUAAGGUUCAAUCUUGGGCGGUGAUGUUGGGGGUACAGGGAAUUCGCUGUGGAGAAGCACGAGUGGUGGUUUGCGGGGGCCAGGAAUCCAUGAGCCGUGCGUUACACGGCAUGGAACUCCGAUCCGAUCGGAGACGAUUCGGGCACGAGACCCUCGUGGAUAUCCUCAUCCAAGACGGCCUCACUGACGCCUUCACCCAUCAACACAUGGGGCUCACCGCCGAAAACGUGGCGGCAAAAUACGGGGUGAGUCGGGCUGCGCAGGACGAGUUCGCGGCGGAAUCGCAGCGGAAGACGAGCGUCGCGAUGAGGGAGGGACGAUUCAGAGACGAAAUCGUCCCCGUGCUCUGCCCGGGAACGAAGGGAGAGACGGUCGAGGAGGACGAAUUCCCUCGACCCUCGACCACCUUGGAAGCCCUGGCCAAACUUAAACCUGUCUUCAAAGCCGAAGGUGGGACGGUGACUGCUGGGAACGCGUCGGGAUUGAACGACGGAGCGGCCUGUCUCCUCCUCAUGUCGCAACGGGAAGCGAAAUUGCGGCGAAUCUCCCCACUCGCCACUAUCGUCUCCUACGCUCAAUGCGGCGUUGAUCCCGCUCUCAUGGGCAUCGGACCCGUCCCUGCCGUCAAAGCUGCCGUGGAGAAGGCCGGUUGGAGGCUAGAAGAGGUUGACUGGUUCGAGCUAAAUGAAGCUUUUGCAGCCCAGAGUGUGGCCGUCAUCAGGGAACUGAAUCUCGAUCCGUCCAAGGUGAAUCCCAAUGGAGGGGCCAUCGCCUUGGGCCAUCCCAUCGGAGCCUCCGGUUUGUUCCUUCUCCCAUAG